AUACGGUUAUCCCUGGUACCGAACAGUGUUGUGUCCACUGCCUAGUGCUCCUGUGCAGCCAUCACCCUUAGCGGACGAGUAUCUGAUAGUCUCGUCACAAGACGCCUCUUUCCUCCUCUUAGCGUGUGCAUAUGUGGGCGUCCUGCUUGCGGCAUGGACAUGUUUCACAGAGUAACAUCCUUGAUCGGAGGCUUCGUGCAAAGAAUCACGGAAAGACGACGUGGCAGGCGGCUUGAUCCUGAUGAAAGCAGUGGCAGCGGUGCAAUAAGUGAACGCGUAUCAUUACAUAGUGGUGGGGAGGAAUCUAUACGAUAUGAGGACGCAGCUACAGGAGGCGGCGUGGUCCAGGAGCAUGGUUAUCAAGUCUUACUGGAGGAUUCUCGCCCCACCAAGAGCUCGGCGUCAGCAGGCAAUGAGGAGUCGCUCCUGCUCCACGGCGCGACGUGUUCCACCACUAACAGAUCCUCUGUCUCGGCAAUUCCUGACGUCGACCUCGACUAUGAAGGUUUGUAUGGGGCAACUGCACUCUCACUCUCCACUGAAAGACUGUCUUACUCCACGGCGACACUUAUGAGCAACCUUCGUGACAGCGACGAAGAAACCAUCUAUACCGAUAUGGAUUCGGAUGCAGAGAGAGAGGAGCAAGAUAGCGAUAUCGGUUACUUCCAGCAGGGGACAUUCAGCCUGUCACCUCGCCAGUUACAGGCGAGCAGGGCUUAUGCGGGCAUGGUAAGAACCCGCUUCGCGCCGGAGCCCAACGGACCACUCCACCUGGGCCAUGCCAGGGCCAUUCAUAUGAACUUCAGUGUCGCUCGCAGGUAUGGAGGGCAGUGUAUCCUCAGACUUGACGACACCAACCCCCGGACAGCUCAACAGGUUUACUGCGACGAAGCGCUCGAGAUGGUGCGCUGGCUUGGCUACUCGCCUGCCUCUGUUUCCUAUACAUCUGACUACUUUGACGACCUGCUGAUGAUGUGUGCUUGUCGUCUGAUUCUGAAUGGCUCUGCCUAUGUUUGUCACGAGCAGCUGAGAGAAGGGAUCUACUACCAAGGGGCAAGAUAUUCUCCCUGGAGGAACAGAUCUCCGUCGGAGAACAUGAAGGAAUUCAAAAUGAUGUGCGUUGGACUCUACAGAGAGGGCGAGGCGGUGCUCAGGCUUAAGGCACGGACUCGUUCGGGCCUCCGAGAUCCCGUAGCCUAUCGUAUCUGUAACACCGAGCACUACCGCUCCGGCACCUGCUGGUGCGUCUUUCCUACUUACGUUUUUUCACAUUCCAUCAUCGACUCCCAAGAAGGUAUUGCCGUUUCCCUCUGCUCUACCGAGUUUGCCGGCCACCGCUCCAUUUACCAAUGGAUACAGAAGAAACUAAACAUGCAUAAAGUUCCACAGCGAGAAUUCCAUCGUCUUGAAGUUGGUGGUUGUAUUUUGUCUAAGCGACAACUCCUCGCGAGCCUAGGCACUAGUUUUCAUACGUACGAUGACCCUCGUCUCGCCACCCUCACCGGCCUCCGGCGACGAGGCAUCCCCCCGGAGGCCAUUCGAAGGUUUGUGCGCGAAGGAUAUCGGGAAUAUGAACAGUUGCUGGAUCUCAGCCGGGAGAUGUUGCUGGUACAGGCCAAGCACUGCAUGGUCGUGCUGCAACCAUUGGCCUGCCAUGUUGUCAACUACGAUCAAGUGGCGGCAAGCGAGAGCAUGCCAGGGCAAGUUUUGUUGACUCUGCAGGCACAAGAGAGCAAGGCUGGGCAUAACCGCCUCGGCCACCACGUCACACUCUCCUCCGUUAUCUACAUUAACAAGUACGACUUUAAUCUGAGAGAGUCACGGCACUACUUCACGCCCACAUCGCCAGUCCGCCUUCGUGGCACCUGCUACGCCAUGCACUUCUGCAGCAUGAUGCGAGGCAACGGCAACGAGGUGGCGAGCCUACAGGUACGGCUAAGGAAGGUGGAGGGCAAGGUCAAGUCCAUGAAGGUCCUGACGUGGGUGAGUGAACCUGUCCCAGUGACUCUAAACUUUUUAGAUUCCCCCAGGAGAGGGAAAUCCUACCCGUAUUCGUCACUGCCUCCUGUGUACUCCAUCACGGCACUCAUGGAAGCCGGCCCCGUCAGCGGCCUCAGGCUGGGCCGUUAUUUCACCUACGGGCAGACCUUGCAGGCGGAGAGGUUCGCUUAUAUUACCCUCGACCCAUCCUCCUCCUCCUCUUCCUCCUCCCCUUCCUCCUCCUCUUCACAUAGUGAUGACGACCCGGUAUUCAACGUGACCUGCAUGCUUCGUCUUCACCAGAGCCUGCAGGACUCCAUUGUACAGGUGUUCCAGUCAUCCGAGUCAUCUCCCACGCACAGCCUAGAGGCGCUCGCACUCUCUUGAAGGAGCGGCCGUCACUUCCCGCUACCACUACAGCCGCCACCACCACCAAACAUCUAGUCUGCAAUGUGACCCAGGCAACCAUGACCACUGUUAUCACUAAUACAUCAUCAUCAUAAUCUACCAUCACUUCUACAGCAUCACCACCACCUUUCCGCAAAAAUGUCACUGUCGCACCGCCACAUCACCAUCAGGACACUACAGCCUGCAGGCGUCACAACACGACCUGCAUAUGUUGUCACCACCACCACCACCACCACCACCACCAUUACGACAUUAGGACAGUCUCUCCGAACACGGCCGCAGAAAUAAUGGUGAUUAGAAUAACGGAAAUUUUUUAUAUAUAUUUUUUAUGCAUAAUACUGUAACACUAAAGGAGAGAAUUUUAAUCAAUAGCAAGAACAAACGCUUGUUAGUGAUGAACAUGAGCAAAUACCUGUUUGAGUCAGAAUGAGUGAAAAACGUUUUACACAAAGCAUCACACUUUUUUAGAUUGAUAAGAAAGGCUCAAACAUUUUUAUUCCUUAUUUAGUAUUAUGAACGUCAAAGUCUUUUUACGUAUCAUUACAAAAAAGGCUUGGUUUUCUAUUUUUAUUUUUUAAACACCUGUGU